UGCCCGCCCUGCCUGCCUGCCUGCCUGCCUGCCUGCAGCCAGUGGGUCGCCGGCAGCUCGGCUCCUCUGCAGGGCUGCGCAGCUCCUGACUGACAGAGAGAUGAGGGGUGGGGACGCAGGGUGGGGUCACAAGCAGGGAGAGGCGGAGGAGGAAAAGGCAGAGAGAGAGAGCCCAGCCCUUGAAUACACGGCAACAACACGCCGUCAGAGAGAGGGAGAGACACACACAGAGAGACUGGCUGUGUUUUUUUUUUGGGGGGGGGAGAAAAGGGAGCCUUCGACGCUGCGGAUAUGAACUGAAAAGAAACACUGGAAGAGGCAGGGAUCGUGUUCCUAUAUCCCCGAAUAUUCACUGUUAAAGGUGGAAAACCAGCCACCCCCUUCCCCUCACUCCCUGAAGCCCUCCUCUCUCUCCCUAACAGUUCAGAUAGAGCUACACCCAAAGCCCCGACCGACCCCCUCCUGCUCCUGCUGCUCCACCCCUCCGCCGCUGCACCGCUCCGGCAACCGAGAUGCACACGGAGACCCGUAACAAGAAAUGCCAGUCGACUCCUAAGCAGAAGAAGAGUGCCGUCGGCACCCAGAAAAAGCAGAGGAGCCUGGCCAAGCAGAGCGCCCUGACCCAACAACAGCAACCGCCGCCAUCGUCGUCGCUGCUGCUUCCGCCGAAGGAAGAGAAGGAGGAGGAGCCGGCGACCAGGCCUCGGCCGCCACAGGAGGAGGACGAGGAGGAAGCAGGCGAGGAGGAGCGAGAGGAAGUGGCGACACAGUCUGUGAAGAAGAAGAAGAAGAAGAAGAAGAAGCAGGAGGAGGAGGAAGCUGAAGAGGAGGUGCAGGAGGAGGAGGGCGAGACAGACAUGCCGUCUGUACAGAUCAAACCAGAGCCAGAGGAGAUGGAGUGCACGCAGGCAGAUGAAGGCGACGACUGCUCGCAGCCAACAAACCUGAAGGUGAAGACGGAGGCGCCAGAUUGCAAGACAGAGCCCUCCUCGCCUCAGCCGUGCCCAGCCGAGGACCAGACCGAACCCGUUGACCUGUCACUCAACAAGCCUCGCUCUUCUUCGCUCCCCGCUUCUACGUCAAGCAUCACAGUAAACCCAGCGCCCAGCUGUGUCGUGACGCAACCCAGCCUGUCGGCUACACCAGUCGCCUCUGCGGUACAAUCGAUAGGCUCCAUGGUCCUGUCUCCAGGCUCCAUCUUGGCCACACAGGGCGCCGGAGGCCAGCAGAUCCUCCAUGUCAUUCAUACAAUCCCCUCGGUCAGCAUGCCCAGCAAGGUCGGCCAGCUUCAGACCAUCCCUGUGGUGGUGCAGUCGCUGCCCGUUGUCUACACCACCAUGCCCACCGACGGUGUCGCCACAGCAGCCAUUACGGUGCCGCUCAUAGGCAGCGACGGGCGCUCGGAAGGAUCUGUUCGUAUUAAGCCAGGUUCAACGUCUCCGGUGGAGUAUCAGAGCGACAGCGAUGCAGAGAGCGGUACAGAGUCUGGAUCGGCCUCCCUCAGUGCCCAGAGCCUCGACGCCGGGUCGGUUAUGGACUUAGAACCCGUCGAUCCAGAUUCACCAGACAUCAAGAGGAGGCGGAUCCACAUGUGUGACUAUGAAGGCUGUAAAAAAGUUUACACCAAGAGUUCUCACCUCAAAGCCCACAGGAGGAUACACACAGGAGAGAAGCCCUACCACUGUACCUGGGAGGGCUGUACCUGGCGCUUUGCCCGCUCCGACGAGCUGACCCGACACUUCCGCAAGCACACGGGGAUCAAACCCUUCCGCUGCACCGAGUGUGACCGCUCCUUCUCACGGUCCGACCACCUCUCCCUGCACCGCCGUCGCCACGUCAUGAUGUGAACUCUGACUUCCCUCCCGAACGACCCAUCAAACCUCCCCUAGAACCUCUCCCCCCUCUUCCCUCACAGCACAUCUUGUACCAGUGUUCCUAUACCCCCACAUCAACUUCGCACAUCAGGAUUUUAAGCCCCAUCGGCAAAUAAAAAAAAAAAGACCUCCUUCCUCCUCCCUCCUCAUCCUCUUCAUCUUAAAAUCAAAGGAAUAUCAGGAAUGUGUCUGUGAGUGUGUGCAGUGGCGGUUAGGGAACUUUUACUGUGUGUAUGUGUGUGUUUGUUGGAACACAUAAUGAUCACCGUCCACCCAACAAACCAUCCUCCAACUCACCUCCACCUAUCAUAAAAGCAGGAUGGACUGAAGGACAUCCAUCAGCAGAUACGUUUGUUCAUCCAUCACAUCCAUCCAUCCAUCCAAAGGAGAGGAGGAACAGGAGGAAUGACAUGUGUUUAUUCAAACCUCAAACUAGAAGUGGGAUUAUUAAGCCGGAUGUCACUUCAGCUGCUCUUUUUCUUUCUGGCAGUGUGAACUGUGUACAUAUGCAGAGUUGGACAUUUCAUAUUUCAUAAAUGCCUCAAAUAGCCCCUUUUUCACCACAGGAACUUUUUUAGGAACCCAAUCAGUGCUACAAAUACAUUUCAGCUGGUACCAGAAAAAGUGUUAAAAAUGAACACAGGUCCUUGAAAUCCAUGAAAGUUUGAGAAUUUGAGGGACAUAUUGGGCAUGGGGUUCCUUAGAGUUCCUGGUACUGUUUGGAAAUGGGUCAGCAACCAAAACUCAUUUAGAUUAUAUGUCAACUGUUGGAUGAAUUUUUACUGAACUGUAAUGAGUCUUGAAGCUAGAGGUGUCCCAACCCUGCUCAUAUCAGUGUACGAGUGUGUGCCCAUGUAGUGAUCUUCUUCACAGCAGCUGAAGUGACGUCAAAUUUCAUGUUUGCCGAACAUCUAUCAAAGGCUUAGACUAGAUGAAUUUCAUACCCUCCUCUCCCCUUGCAGCCUUCACCCUCACCCUCACCCCUAUCCCCUCUCCCCUCCCCUGGUACAGGGAGCUACAAGACUGUGAACUUUAUAAAGAUUCAUUUGUUUUCAUUGAAUCAAUCACAUUAUUGUCAUUUGUGUGUUCUCCCCCAGCACACACCUUUCUGAUUCCUCUUCAAUAACAGUAUUUGAUUUUUAUGCGUCGUCGUUGCUGUUUUAGGCCUUCAGUUUUGUCUUUCUUCUUCUUCUUCUUCUUCUUCUUUGCCAGGUGUGGCACUCUUAACAGAAUGGCAUCAUUUUUUGUUUUUUUUUCCUUUUUAAUGAUUUCAGAUCAUUUUGUUGUGUUCUGAGGCUGUGAAAAAGGCAGAGGAGACACAAAUAGUUUGAGAUUACAAGUAAAACUCUCGCGCAGGGAAUAGGGGAGCUUUUUCUGAGUGUGUGCGUGUGUUUUUGCGUGUGUGUCUGUGAGCGAGUGUGCAUGUUUUAAGACAAACACAUAAUCAGAAUUUAAGAUUUUUAUGAGUGUGUGUUCCGGGCACUUGUCGUUCUUUUACCUCUUGCCCGUUGAGCCUUAAUAACUGAAGUCAAUCUGUAAGGGCGAAACCAGAACCACUGACAGAAGAGGACGUUUGGCCAAAGAUCAUUUUAUUAAGACAUACAGUUACACUGUUUGUCCAUAUGGACCUGAUCUUUGCAGGUUAUUUUCUUCACUGUUUUCUGUAGAGAGGAUGCUCCUCACAGGUUAGCUUGUGUUUUUCCCCCAAGCAAUUAAAGUUGUUACAUGUCACACUUUAAAUUUGGAGACAAAAUUGCCUUGUAAAGACACAAGCCUAUCAGUCUUUGCUGGGUUCAAUUGAGUUUUUUAUAUUGUGAAUAUCUGUGCAGUUAUAUGGUGCUGGGCUGCUUUUUUGGCACAAAACAUAAAGAGGGCGCUCCAGCAAAGUCACUUUCGUAUUUCACUGAUCAUGGAAAUAAAUAGUAGCACUGACACUAGUCGUGUUUCCACCCAAUUGUAUCUUCGGUUUUGGCAGAUGAAAAUGUGAAGUGCUUCUAUAUUUAUAUUCACUACCGUCAUGGAAAUAUAAGGUGUUGGUUCAUCGACAUAAGCAGUAGGUGGCACCAAUUCUCUAGUCAGAAACCCAGAAGAAGAGGGCACGACAAGAUGACGUGAAUAAAAAAGCACCAGUUGAACCUCAAACUGUGAAAAACUGCAACAAACUCUCUCAACAAGGCAAACAAACAAACAAACAAAAAAAAAACUCAAGCGAUUGUAGCCUAAAGUUUCCAUAAAACAUUUCUAGUGCAAUACUUCAAAAUGCAUCAAAAUACGUUGAAGGAAACACGGCUAGUGACAUUUCAGGAAGCAUCUUCCACCAAACACCUCACGUUGAAACACCAAGCAGUGUAACUUUCUAAUGGUUUCAUGGCCUUACAACAACCAUGGAGCACCAAAACGAGAGCCCAACAUGGCUGCCACUGAAGAUCACAAGUGGUCAGGUCUUCUGUCAGUGGUUCUGGAAACCAGGCACUGUGGUCGGCCUGUCAGGGUCCGUAGUGCCUGUGGUUUAAACCAUGGGGAAACUUAAGCGCUCUCCUCACUAGCAUUUUUACCAGGGUUGGGGUCAAUUCUCUUUCAACUCCAUUUGUUUUUCAUUGUGACAAAUGUAGUUUAAUGCCUCAAUAAAUAUUUUAUGCGUUUUCCCUAAGGUUCCUUGACAUAACUCCCCUAAUAUCUCGCUUGUGCUGAACUCUAAACCUUAAUCUUAUCAGCACAUUUUUCAAACUACCUACCAGGCAGUUGGAACAGAAUUGAUCCCCUAAAACCCUGCCCUCUAACCUACAGUGUCCAUGUCUUAAGUGGGCUGUUUUUCAGCUCCCAUUCUGGACUGAACUUGAUUAUGCAACCUAACGCAGACCUCGCUCCAAGCGCUGUUCUGAACUCGUCGUAGAGCACUAGCUGGUAGUUGCACUGCUGAUAUGCAGCUCACAUAGGUCGUAACAAGAACCUCAAAGGGAGGUCAGGAUGCUUAGAAGCCUUGUGCUUUCGAUCACUGAACAAAGCCAACCCUGAAACUGCUUCCAGAAUACCCAACAAGAGUUGUGACUGUAUACUGAGGCAGAAACACAGACAGGAAACAACGUGGGCUGCGUAUGUGAUCAAUAGAACUUGCUUUUUCGCAAUCCCAACACGUCCCUUUUUACAAAUAAAAAAAGGCGAGACACAUUUUGCUUUUGCGUCGUUGUUCUUGUUAGUUACUGUUGUCAUUUCAAACGCUAGUAAACGGGACACCUGACUUUUCAUAGUAUGAUAACUGAGAUGGACGUGAAGGCUUCCUGCGAGCUGAGUGCAUGCCAUGGACAUGGCAGAUUGUUGUUUGGUCUGCACACUGCAAGAAGAACAGUCUGUCUUAGCAAAGUCACUAAAUCUGGCUGUGCAAUUUAAAAAUAUUUUACAAAGUAAGAUCAGCUUUGUUGAAGGGUAUUGUCACUGCUACCAAGGUUUAACCAAGUGCAAAAUAAGGAAAACUGUUUCAAUUAAGAACCUGAAUUUAAUUCAGUCACUUGUUUGGAGGGAUUCUGUUCUUUUUUUAGCAGUGCAGCGCAGAGCAAUGCAAUGUCCCCAUUCCCCUUAACACCCCCCUCUACUUCAACUAAAAAAAAAAAAAACAACAUAUUAACUAAGCACAUCUUUCUAGAAGAGUAUAUGCAUUUGAUUGCAAUUUUCUUUCUUUUGUAAACUGUUGAUAAAGACAUUAAGGACAAUGACAAAUAAUUAAGAUAAAUCCAUGUACAUAAAUGUAUAUAAUCAAAAAGUGCAGAGUAAAUGUAACGGGUGAAUUUCUAUUUUUAACACUGACUAGAUAAUGUGAAAAAAAUCUUUUUCUUCUUCUUUUGUUGGUUUGAUGAAAUGUGUUUCAUCAUGUGUUUUUUUUCUUCUCAAAUCUAAUAAUACAUUUGUUUCGUAGUUUCUUAAAACGACAAAAAAAAAAAAAAAUGGUCCCACUUGUGUUGUGCACACUUGUUGCAUGGAGAGUAGCCUUCUUGUUUUCUUAUAGUGACGUUGGUGAGCAUGUCCGUGUGUGUGUGUGCGUGUGUGUGUAUGUGUGUGUGUGAGACGGUGGGUUUCCCUUAACAUUGAUGACCUGAAGCAAAAAAAAGAAGAAAAAAAAAAAGAAGCCCAACCCAUGUUGAAAAUGAUGAAUUUGGGGAUCAGUUUAUUACAACAGAGCUUAAUAUUUCAGCACUGGUUUAAAAUAUGACAAAAUGAAUUAGUUGUUUGGGUCAUCUGGAUAUAUUGUUCUUGAAUGCUAACAAAACAACCAUCUACCUAUCCAGGACAGUAACAGAUGCCCAUUUAGCUCAGAAAAACAUGUUUUAGCUUAAAGCCUGGCAAAUAAUCCCUCUCUAAAAAAACAAAAAAACCCAUUUGUGUUACAGAAGCUAACUGAGCAGAACGCUGCUAGGAAAGGUGGCACGACUUAACUGUUAUAUUCCUUUUAGGAAAGGCACAGGGCUGAUUUGAUAAACUGUGGAAACGCUCAGGUCCCAUAUUCCUAUCAAUAUGAAAAAAAAUACAAAUAAACUCAUUCACAUGUGGUGGUAUCUAGCCAUGGCAAUAGAUAUGGAAUAAAAGCAUAGACAAAAUGAUAUUCCUGGUCAAUACACAAAACAGUUUCAGAGGCUUGACAAAAUAUUUUCAAGUUAAACUAGCUUUUGCAGUGGAUGCAGUUGCACAGUUGUCAUGGAAAUGGUCUAGUUGUUAUCACUUCACCAAGUAUACAAAAGUAUGAAACUUGUCAUGUGAUAACAGGUCUGCUUUUUCCAUUUCUGUUCUGGUGUAUCACUUGAAAUCUCAUCCAAAUGCUAAUAAGCGGACUGUUGAGAUUAUUUUGUUAAAUUAUUUUAGAGAUAUAUCUUCAGUAGAGUGGCAAUACAAUUCAAGAAAGUGUCAUCUGUUGAUUAACCAGUUUUCAGAGUAUUUAAAGUACAUUUUCAAUCCUCAGAAUACCAGAAAAAACAAUCACCAUUGACCUCCAUUGUAUUGUGAUGAAUGGAGAUUUCAAAUUCUGUAAAAACAAAACUGUCUGCAUUGCUAGAUACCACUAGAGGUAAAUGAGGACACAAUUUUCUUUGGGUAAUUGACCUGUCUGAAGUCCCGCCCCUUUUUACUCUGUGAUCCAAUAACAGUCGAGCAAACCUCCGUCAACUUUCUCCUUUCCUAUACUCAGAAAUGCUAUAUGCUAGCUUGUUUAUGUUUUUCUUUUAAAUUUGAAGGUGGUUAAAAGAUAAAAGGGAAAUCUUGCUAACUAAUCUACAUCGUUUGUUAGCUAGUUUAGUUAGCUAGCAUUGCUUACAUAGCUUACAUAACUUAAAAUGUGACUACAUGUGUUUACUUUCUUAGACGCGCUAGCAUGUAGCAUAUCUGAGUACAGGAAAGGAGGUUCUGAUGAGGCUUGCUCAACUGUGAUUGGAGCACAGAGCUGAAAGGGGCGGGGCUUAAGGAAGGGUCCAUUUAGGUGAAGCAGCCCUUUAAAAUGUUUAUACUUAUUUACUUAUAUGGAUCCCAAAUCCCUUUAAGAACUUUAACCCCACGUAGCACAUAUGAGUGAUUUUAUAUCUGAAAAUGUUAUUGACCCAUCGCUUUACAAGCACAUUGAUCAGCUCUGGUCACCAUUAAAGCAGCAAAAUUGGUGUUUUAGAGACAAACCCACUUAAACCUCCAGUGUCACAGUGAGGAUAGUCACUCAUGACGUCUCGGAGCCUGUUGACGAUGACCCAGACAAACUCAUAUCGCUGGUGUUGGACUUGUUGCAGGGAGACUGCUGCAUGUGUUUGUGUUUUCCCCACUUCCUGUUGUUUUUUGCGGUUUGUGCAAGCUUGUUUUUCCCUCGAUAUUCUACUACUAAAUCUUCUGUUCAUGUACAAAGCAGGAAUGUUCAUCUGUGAACAGGCAGUGAAACAUUUAAAGAAUUUUAUCCCUACUGAGACCUUGACAGGAUAGAGUUCAAGUCCGAGGGUGACGUCACUAACCGUGUCCGUCUACGUGCCUCGACUCACCACGAAUCACUUCCUCUUCAAAUCAGAAGGUUUAGGUAUUUUCUAUUGAAUGCAGUAACUUAUGGGCCAGUACUAUAUUUACUCAGUGCAAUGCAGUUAUCAUUAUAAUAAUUCAAUUAUUAAUAAUAUUUUUGUUCUUUCUUUUUUUUUUGUAUUUGUACAGAACAAAUGUGUAAAGAUCAGUGAGGAAAACGUGAGCUUUUUGAUACUGUGACUCAUGGUGUUUAAAAGUCAGUUUCUCCCUGUACAGUUGUGAUUAUUUCCCGCUUCCUCCCUUCUUCUUUUAUAGAAUUAAAAAAUGUUUUUGGUGCAAUUUAA